CCUAAGGUAUCCCAUUUCACAUCCCCCCAGCACUUACUCUCCCUUCCUCUUUCCAUCUUCUUUCUUCUAUUCAAUCUCCUCCACACACACACACACACACAUAUAUCUCUGCUGCUAAACUCAAUUAAUAACAGCAUAUACUUUGAUGGGCAACGCUGAUUAUGUGUACCCUUCCACCAAUGAGUACCGUCAAUGUGCUCACCCAGUGGCGGUUCCUCCGCCACAACCAUUCUUCAAGUCAUUCAAAAACUCUCUCAAGGAGACGUUUUUCCCAGAUGACCCACUUCGACAAUUCAAGAACAAAACACCCUCUCGGAAGUUUUUUCUGGGACUGCAAUAUUUCUUGCCCAUUCUUGAAUGGGGUCCUCGUUACACCUUCCAGUUCUUGAAAUCUGACCUCAUUUCGGGGAUCACCAUAGCCAGUCUUGCUAUCCCUCAGGGUAUUAGCUAUGCAAAGCUAGCUAACUUGCCGCCUAUACUCGGCCUAUAUUCAAGCUUUAUUCCACCACUGAUUUAUGCGAUGAUGGGAAGUUCAAGAGAUUUGGCAGUAGGGACUGUUGCAGUUGCAUCACUUCUCAUAGGUUCUAUGUUGGGGGACGAAGUAAACGCUACUGAGAAUCCUGCGCUUUAUCUUCACCUUGCUUUCACAGCAACUUUUUUCGCCGGCCUUCUGCAAGCUUCCUUAGGCCUCUUAAGGCUAGGGUUUAUAGUGGAUUUCCUUUCACAUGCGACGAUAGUAGGGUUCAUGGGAGGAGCAGCCACCGUAGUGAUAUUGCAACAGCUAAAGGGAAUUCUGGGACUUCAACACUUCACUCAAUCUACUGAUAUUAUCUCCGUCUUGCGCUCAGUGUUUUCCCAGAUUCAUGAGUGGAGAUGGGAGAGUGGUGUGCUGGGCGCUAUUUUCCUUUUCUUCCUCCUCCUCAGCAGAUACUUCCAGAGUAAAAAACGACCCAAAUUCUUCUGGAUAUCAGCAAUGGCACCUUUGACAACGGUCAUUCUUGGAAGUCUACUCGUUUACUUGACCCAUGCUGAAAAACACGGUGUUGAUGUGAUUGGAAACUUGAAGAAAGGGUUGAAUCCACCUUCUUUUGGGGAUUUCGUAUUUACCUCUCCCUAUUUUACAACAGCUGUGAAGACUGGCAUGAUCACUGGCAUCAUUGCUCUUGCUGAAGGAAUAGCAGUGGGGAGAAGCUUUGCAAUGUUCAAGAACUACAACAUUGAUGGGAACAAAGAAAUGGUAGCCAUUGGGACCAUGAACAUUGUUGGUUCUUGCUUUUCUUGCUAUCUCACAACGGGGCCAUUCUCUCGAUCAGCUGUUAACUUCAAUGCGGGAUGUAAAACAGCAAUGUCGAACGUUGUAAUGGCCAUUGCAGUUAUGUUCACAUUGCUGUUCUUAACACCAUUGUUCCAUUACACUCCCCUCGUAGUGUUGUCUGCAAUUAUAAUCUCUGCAAUGCUUGGCCUCAUUGAUUACGAGGCUGCAAUUCAUCUUUGGAAAGUCGAUAAAUUCGAUUUCGUUGUGUGUAUGGGUGCAUAUAUCGGUGUUGUUUUCGCGAGUGUGGAGGUCGGAUUAGUCAUAGCGGUUGCUAUCUCUGUUCUGAGAUUGCUGCUGUUUGUUGCGAGACCGAAGACCUUCAUUCUUGGAAACCUUCCGAAUUCAACCAUCUAUAGGAGUGUUGAGCAAUAUCCAACUACAAACGAUGUUCCUGGGAUUCUUAUACUUCAAAUAGAUGCUCCAAUUUACUUUGCUAAUUCAAGCUACUUAAGAGAAAGGAUCUCAAGGUGGAUUGAUGAAGAGGAAGACAAGUUGAAAUCUACAGGGGAAACUAGCUUACAGUAUGUUAUAUUUAAUAUGAGUGCUGUUGGUAACAUUGAUACCAGUGGAAUAAGCAUGCUCGAAGAAGUGAAGAAAAUAACUGAUAGAAGGGGGCUCAAGCUUGUGUUGGCCAACCCAGGAGCUGAAGUGAUGAAGAAACUGAACAAAUCGAAGUUCAUAGAGACAAUAGGUAAAGAAUGGAUAUACUUGACAGUAGGAGAAGCUGUUGAAGCCUGCAAUUACAAGCUUCAUACAUGCAAACCAGACGCCACCACUGAGGACUCGCAACCAUGGAACAACGUCUAAUCUUAAUAGGUUUUUUAUGCAUCAGAAACAUAAAUUUUCUUUUAAAUUAAAGCCCAAGUAUGUAUCGGUUAGUACUUGCUUCUGCAUCAGAGAAUCAGGAUGUAUGAUGUUAGGCAUUGCUGAAUCAACAAGAAAUAACCCAAUUGUGAAGUUAGGCUUUUAGAGAUGCUUCAAUUGGAAGUGAAAGGGCUAUUUUUCCUCUUCCAGGUAUAUGCAAGUUGUAGAGUGAUACAUAUCAUGGCAAUGAAGAUUUAAAAAAAAAAAAAGCAUAAAGGAAUGCUCAAUGCUGUUUACAACAAUACAAUUAAUUAAUUUGUUUUCUGAGUAA